AAAUAAAAAUGGCUGCAGCUGGUUGGUAGUGAUUACGCUAGUGUAUAAAAAAAGCUUUAGCAAACUUGGGGUCAUCGUUGUUAAAAUUUACACUUACUCCACUAACCAUGAAUAAAAUGGAUUCCACUCUUACAAGUAUGUGGGUGAGUUUCUUCACGGCCGCGGGGAUCCCGUCGGACGUGUCGGCGUCGUACGCGCUGACGUUCGCGGAGAACCGCAUCCAGAACGACAUGCUGCUGGACCUGAACAAGGAGUAUCUGAGGGACAUGGGCAUUACUAGGAUGGGGGAUGUCAUUGCUAUAUUGCGGCACGCAAAGCAAGUGCAUGAGAGCUUGGCACGGGACAAGGUGCUCGGCAGCACUGUCAAUGUGGUCCCCGUAGCCGCCAUCACUGGCCGAGCCACCGUCACACAGAACAAGCCUGCUUCCCCCGCGAGCCGCAUAUUGGAGCACUACACGCGCAACACCCGGGAGGCGGCCGUCUCGCCCACGCACCAGAAGAAGCGCAAGAGCGAUGAAGGGAUAGAGACAGUAGACGUAAAGAAAUCUCGUCUUAUCAGAUUCGGAUCACCGCAACCUGCCGCCAAAGAAGUUACACAAACGAAAACGGUGUUCGCAAGACUUGGACAGAGCGACGGAGCUGGGGCAAGACCCAAACUCGUCAAACUUACUGCUGUAGCCACUAAAGAUGUCAAACCUAUCUUCGCUCGCCUCGGUUCCAAAGAUGACUCCCAACCAAUCAUGCCUGUACAAAAAGAUGCUCUCAAAUAUGAGGGUAUACUGAAAAGCCCACCCGCUGCGAAAACUGUAACAAUCACUACCACUAAGAACAGUGUUCGGAGAAUAGCUUGCACGAUGAGAGCUGAUGAGCAACCAAUCAGUGUCAAAGAAAAACUAGCUGUACCGAAAUCUAAAUCAGUAAAGUUUUCAAAUCAUGUGGAAUAUAAAGAAAUAGAAGCGGUACAGAGUGUACAAGCUAGACUUGUGCAGAAAACUCAGCCGAAGCAGACGGUUUUCAACAAACCGGAGAGGCGGUUGUCAAUGCCCGCAGUUGACAAUAGUGUCAAGGCCCGCUUGGGUGCGAAGAAUGUUGCCAGCCCAGCACCAGUCAAAAAUAAUAAUAUUAUGAUAACUAAGAAUGUGUUUAAGAGGCUUGGUGUGUAAUAGUGUGGUAUUCAUGGAACUUGGUGCUAACAGUUAUUUUGAUUGAAGUGAAGUUUGGUUGGUAGAGAGAGAUCACGGAAGAUUCUCAUCUAUUCUAUUUUACGUGAAAGUGGCACAUACUACAAGUUUGAAAGUAUAAUAUUUCUAUCAAAAAAAGUGUUCCUUUUAUAUUGUACAUUGUACAAUCUCAAUUUAUAUGGUUGUGAUGAUACGUGACGUUUUCAAUCAAAAGAUACCACAUUGCCGGUUCUCAAUAAGGUUGAGUUCAAAUUGAAGCCAUAUGGAAAUAGCGCCUUAUUGACAAUCGACAAUAAGUACCCUUCUGAUUGAGAAUGACACAUAUCAUCAUCAUCAUCCUCAAGGUGACCUUUAAUUUUCAAUUUACGAGUUUAAUAGGUACGAAAACGAAUUUCAAUUUUAAACUGCUCAGAUUAGACGUCGAAAUUGUACCGUCUAGAUAUUUUAUUUUGUGAAAAUUUACGUAAGCUACGUAAUUUACGUACUUAUAAAUAUGUGACGAUAAAUUUCCUAGCUAGUCUUUGUGAUAAAAUAAGUUAAUUUAUGUUUUGCAUUUGUGUAUUUUUUUUUAUAAUUUAGGGUAUUAUAGUUUAAGUUUUAAUUUCUAUUGACUAUCACAUCAAAUCUUUGAAUUUUCAUUUCCACAAUUUUCAAGAAUUUUCUGCCAUGUUUUUCUUAUGUAAUGGCCUAAUGGGACACUUUUCUUUACAUACAUUUACAAUUUGAAUCUCCUUAUAAAAUGUCGAAGGUGUAUUUAUUACUUAAUUGAAUCAGGUAUUCCAGAGAAAAAUGUUUUAGUUUUAUUGUUACCGAUAAUGAUAGGAGAUAUUUGUUCUAUAUUGCUUUUAAUUUGUAAACUUAAAUAUAGAAGCAAACUAAAUAUGUCUGAAAUAACUACCUACUAAAACCCGUCCCGGGCUGCCCCCGACGCAAAGGUGUCCAUCACGCUCGCUGCGUUGGAUUGCGAUGGAAAUUAGUAAAUUUGUAAACCAUGGUUAUAUGUGGAUUUCCAUCGGAGAAGGGUCCUUAUGCUUUAUGUGUAUAAGCCACAGUUUCCUUAACACUUUCACUACCAAGCGCCC